AUGGCCAUACCCGACACAUACCGCGCCUUCCGCCGCACCAAAGGCGACUAUCCACUCUCCAUCACACAAACCACCGAAAAGGUCCCACAAUCUCUCGGUCCGCGCGAUGUGCUCAUCCGCAUCCGUGCCGUGUCCCUCAAUUUCCGCGAUGUCGCAAUGCUGCAGGAAGGGCGCUACCCCGCGCCCGUCGAACCAGAAGGUAUACCUGCAUCCGACUGCGCCGCAGAGGUUGUUGCGGUCGGGGAGCAGGUGACGAAAUUUGCCGUUGGCGAUCGCGUCGCGCCUACGUUCAACGUGGCGCAUUUGGAGGACAAUGACGACAUUGGAUUGGCAGCUUUGGGUGGCGAUGUUGCAGGUGUUUUGAGGGAGUAUGCGGUGUUUGAAGAAAAAGUAUUGGUGAAGUUGCCGGCGCAUCUAUCCUGGGAGGAGGCCGCGACAAUCACAUGUGCCGGUGUGACAGCUUGGACGGCGUUGAAUUCGCUCAAGGGUGUGAGAGAUGGCUCUAGCGCUUUGCUACAGGGCACUGGCGGCGUCAGUAUGUUCGCGCUUCUGAUCUGCGUUGCAGCCGGAAUCAAACCCAUCAUCACUUCCUCUUCCGAUGAGAAGCUCGAGGCCAUUAAGAAGCUCAGCUCCAGUGUUGAAGGAAUCAACUACAAGAAGCACACAGAUGUAGCUGCUGAAGCGCUGCGCCUCACAGCGGACAAAGGGGUAGAUUUUGUCAUAAACAACACCGGUGCGGCUUCUUUGCCUUCCGACUUGGCAGCGCUGCGGAAAAGGCACGGCACCGUCUCCUGUGUCGGCUUCCUUGAAGGCUUGAAUGCCGACUGGGACCCGAGUACUCUCCUUCUUGGCCUCAUGUUCAAGGCCGCGAAGAUUCAGGGUAUCGCAGUAGGCUCCAGAAAUGACUUCGAGGCACUUUGCACAUUCCUGGAGCAAAGGGAAGUGAAGCUCACUUCUAUCAUUGACCGGGUUUUCACCUUUGACGAGUCCUCGGAGGCUUUUCAAUACCUGUACUCCGGUAAACAUGUUGGGAAGGUUGUCAUCAAACUCUGA